AUGGAUGAAUCAGAAUGGGAAGACUUUUUAGCGGACUGUUCAGAUAUUGACGAAACUUACGAGCCGUCAGAUACAAGUUCACAAGAAACUGAUCCUGAAGAAAAUGUACUCGACGAAAAUGAAGCCGAAGAAAAUGAAGAAAACAUUCAACAGCAAAAUAGCAAUGACAGACUCUAUAAAGUAAGGCCAGUGUUGAAUCACUUCAAUAAAACAAUGCGUGAGAAAUAUGUUCCAGACAAAAGUUUGUGUAUAGACGAAUCCAUGGUACUUUGGCGUGGACGACUGUUCUUCCGACAGUACAUCAAAAAUAAAAAGCACAAAUAUGGUGUCAAAUUUUACGAGCUGUGUGAGUCAAAUGGGAUGGUGCUGAGAAUUAAAAUAUAUUGCGGCAAGUCAGAAACAUCUACUGAAAUGGGCCAUGCAUCAGAUGUAGUCUUUGAGUUGAUGGAAGACUACUUGGAUAAAGGUCACAUGCUUUUUACAGAUAAUUUUUACAAUUCUGUCCCGCUAACGAAGGCACUCACUGCUAGGAAGACAUACGUCUGUGGGACCCUCAGAUCCAACAGAAAAGGUCUCCCGAAAGAUUUCAUAACAAAAAAAUUGAAAAAAGGUGAAGUUACAUGGUGUAGACAUGAAUCAGUUGUUCUGUGCAAGUGGAAAGACAAAAGGGAAGUUGUUACAAUAUCCAACAUGCACAAAGUACAGUCUGUUGAGGUUCAAAAUAGAAAUGGAAAAAUAUCGAUAAAACCGAACAUUAUCAAGGACUACAAUAAUGGAAUGUCCGGCGUUGACAGAUCCGAUCAGAUGUUAUC